AUGUUAUUGAAGUUUAGGAGAAAAAAGACAAUAAUCUUUGCGCUGGCUGUAUUGUUCACCAAUAUUUUCCUUUGGAUUAAUUCUAGUAUUACCCAGAAACAUGUUACUGCAGGGCUACAAUCGGUACUAGAGGCUACUGAUAAUAUUGGUUCAGCUUUUGGUCUGAAAAGAGAUCCAAAGGGUUACUAUAAGGAUGUGGUGAGUGCGUUAAAACGGUACAGCCCUGGCGAUCCACCUCAUGAUUUGUCAAUUCUAAAAGACUCCGAGCGUUGCGAAAUACGAGAUGUUAACACACGUACUACUGAAGACGAAAAAAUUCAAUCUUAUGAGAACCUAAAUAGCUGCUACCGCAUACCCGAGCAGCUUUUGGGACAGCUUUCAGCGCAGCAUACUUCAUACGUUAAUUACAUUUUAUCCAACUUAACGCCUACGAAGUCACUUUUCCAGCUUUUAUACCCUAAUGAAAGAGGAAUUGUUACCGUUGGUGGUGCUCGCUACACUAUUUUGGCUCUUACUAUGAUAAGAGCUUUGAGGGAGAGAGGUACUACGCUUCCGGUUGAAGUUUUUAUUCCAACGUCAGACGGAUCCGAGGACGAGUUUUGCAAGCUUAUCGAAACAAUGAAUGGGAGAUGUUUUAAUGAACUUUCUAUGUACGGCGCUCCAAACACAAUGCUGAAGUCAUACCAAAAUAAAGCUGUGGCCUUGCUUGCGUCCAGCUUUAAAGAAAUCAUCUUUAUCGAUGCAGAUAAUAUCCCGCUAAUGAAUUUGGACAACGUUUUCGACAGUGUGCCUUACAAAGAAAACGGCUUGAUCUUGUGGCCAGAUAUCUGGAACAGAAUGACUUCUCCUUCUUUUUACGAAUUGGCUGGCAUUUCCGUUAAUUUCACCCGGAGGGCUCGGUUUUACUCGGAUGACGUGAAUCCUCCUAACAUGUUCACGGCUUUAGACCUCGACGAUAUAGAACAAUACAACAAAGAAAAAGUUCCCUUCCAUGAUUUAGAGGGCACAGUCCCCAACUAUACAUCUGAGUCAGGUCAAAUUAUAGUGAAUAAGAGAACUCACCUCAAUACGCUCUUGUUAGCACUAUAUUACAACAUAUAUGGAAAUGAGUGGUUUUACAAAAUGUUUUCUCAGGGCACUUCGGGCGAAGGCGAUAAAGAGACUUUUAUCCUAGCCGCGCAUGCUCUAGCUAUGCCAUAUUAUCAGGUCAAAAGACCAAUUGAAUUUGACGGCUAUGUUAAGGACUUCUAUAGAGGUGUCGGAUUGCUACAACAUGACUUCGUUGAAGACUAUAAAAGGUGGCAGGAAGCUAAACAGGACGUUCAAUCGAAAAUAGAUGAACUUAACAAAUUCAAACCUGACUACAGCCUUGAUAAGGACUUCCUAGAAAAGUACAUCAACCCUCCUGACAAAAAGGAUAUAGACAUCAUGUUCGUACACGCAAGUUACCAUAAAUUCGUCCCUAAUGACCUUCUUAAUGAGAAAGUGUAUAUCGGUGACGACGGAAAGCAAUUCAGAUCAUUCAACAACUUGCACCGUAUCGAUAACUUUGAUAUUGAGUUGUUUGCGUUCCAGGGUCUCCAAAAAUACCUCUGUACCGACAACCGCAUCCGUUUCCACCACGUGGAAGCGAAGAUUGGCGAUGAUAAGAAGAAGUACGAUGAAAUGUGUGAUUACAUUAAUGACAGGGUUGAAAUGUUGAAAAACACUCAUGAUGAAGCAACCAGUAAGCAGAAGUAA